AGCGCUGCCACCCCGGACAAGUGUCUACUGAAAUGCGUGAUUUGUAAUCGUUCGUGGGCAAUAAAAAAUGUGUAAAUGCAAAAAAUGAACUCAUAGCGCGUCAAUAAAUCAAUCAAUGUGCUUGUGGAAGUGAAUAAAGUAUUUCUACGAGAUUAUGUGACUCGGCAACUGUGUUCCGGCAGUCUGGCAGCCUCAUACGAAAAUGGCGAACACGAGCACUGAGCGAUGAACGACGAGCUGAAAAAAUAAUUAUUGUUUUAAAUUCCGUUUUGCCAGCGAAAUUCCUUGUCCUCUCUGGGUGUGCGGUGCGGAAAAAGGGCGGAAAAAUCGCAACUGGAGCUAAGCAAAUAAUGAAACGAGCAAAGUGCAACAACAGCAAGUGCAAUGAGCAUGGCCAAACCAAAUAGAAUAAAUUAAGUUUGCAAAUUAUGAAAAACCAAUCGCUCUUGACGGUCGGUGCGUGCGUGCGCGUGUGUGAGUGUCAGUGCGAGCGAGUGAGCGAGUAAGAACAGCGUAGAAUAGAAGCGUAGAGAAAAAGGUUAGCAAUAAACCGAGAAGAAAUAAAAAUAAAACGAAAAAAUUAAUAAACCAAGAAAACUGGCGGUAAACACGAAUGUGUUAGUGUUAUUGUGUGUGUGUGUGAGCAACAGCUACAGCUACUACGAUCUCCGUGCACUAGGACUACGUAAUACGUAAGGCGAGAAGGCGGCAAAUCAAGCCCACAGCACAUCACAUCACAUCCCCCAGCAUUCCGUUGACGUAUUGCGUGCGCUCGCAAAUUAUGCAAAAGAGCAACAAAUUGAACGCUGGCGGCAGCGAUGAGCAGCUCGUCCCACCCAUUGCAGCAACAGCAGCAGCAGCGAAAUAAGCGCAAAACGCAAAAAUAUAAAUAGCGAAAAGCGGGUGAAGAGAGCGCGCGCGGCUGCCGGCACCGGCACCAGCACAGAGCCUUGGACGUGUUGAACACGUCACUGGAGCCACACACAGCAGCAGCAGCAACAAGCAGCAGCAGAACCAGCAACAAGAACAAAAGCUUAAGGAGCAAACCACUGGACAGUACAGAAUAAAAAAAAUACAAAGAAAUCAGAGGACAAACGGAAUCUAAAAAAAUCAUACAACAUGGCUGCCGUACGAGGACAUCAGUACUUUAGCCUGCGAUGGAACAACUACCAGAACACGAUGACAUCCGUGUUCCAGCAACUGCGCGAAGAUCUCUCCUUUGUCGAUGUGACCUUGUCCUGCGAACACGGAUCCCUUAAGGCACACAAGGUCGUCCUCUCCGCCUGCUCGACAUACUUUCAGAAGCUUCUGCUGGAGAACCCAUGCAAACAUCCAACAAUCAUCCUACCCGCCGAUAUCAUAUUCACAGAUCUGAAAACAAUCAUCGAUUUUGUCUACCGCGGUGAGAUCGAUGUCACCGAAUCGGAACUACAGGGCCUCUUGCGCACCGCCGAACAACUGAAGAUCAAGGGCCUCUGCGAGACAGCGGAAAACGCGGAUGAUUUGAACGACGCGGCCACAGCGACAAUAACCGUGUCGGAGAACAUCCAGCAGGCGGUCGUGGGGAGCAUUGUGAAUCCCAGCAUAGUGCCAGGGGGAGCAGCCUCGCCCUCGCUCGAGCAGCAGCACCAUCAGCACCACCAACAGGCCCAAGCACAGGCCCAGGCUCAGGCCCACCAGCAGGAGCAACACCAGCAGCAGCAGCAACAGCAGCAACAGCAACAGCAGCAGGUGCAUGCCCAGCAGCAGGUACAUGCCCAGCAGCAGCAACAGCAACAAAUCAACGCCUUGCUGACGCAGCACGGAGUGGCCAGUGGCAGCGUACCUUUGGGCGGACAGCUGCUAAGCACGACAGCGAGUGGGAGCAGCGGCAGUGGAGCAGGCAGUCUCCAGUCGCAUUCCGGGCUCCAGCCGACGACGCGCAAGUCGCGACUCAAGCGGUCCAAGUCUCCGGAUCUGCAGUUGAGCGGAGGCAACGGUAACGGCAGCAGCAGCAGCGUAUCCCAGCAGCCACAGCCGGCCCAUCACCACUCGCAGACGCUGCUCAUUCAGGGCCAGAACCAGACCUCCAUUGUGAGCCUACAGCAAACGGCCGAGGGCAAUUAUAUACCCGUGCCGGGCACCGGUGACGAGUCGGACGUGGAUCACGAUCACGAUCAGGAUCACGAUCACGACCACUCCCACGAUCACUCUCACAACCUAUCACACUCCCACGACCACGAUCACGAGCACGAGAGCAAGCCGAGCAAGAUCUGCAAGACAGAGCAAUCGCUCGCCUCGCCGUCGUCUAACUCGUCCAGCCACUCGAACAAUGCAACGGGCGUGAGCGGCGGAGUGACCUCAGCGGGCCAAGCCAUCGUCACACAAAUUGUAGUAGCGCGCGACGGAAAAGAUACAAAAAAUAUGACUAGUUUAGGCAUGGGCAUGAACGGAGGCCUGCUAGGCGUGCCCAUGGGAUUCCUGGACUUCACACCCGAGCCACCAGCACCAUCUGCCACACCAGUCACCGUUACGGAGCACGUCGACCUCUCGUGCAACCCCAGUACGGACACACGCGAUCUAUCAAAUCCCACCGAACCGCUCGACAUUGACAAUCACCUGGCGCAGCAGAUCCAUCGACUCGAUCAAUCUCCCAUGCAUUCGAUAGCCCAUCAUCACACCGGGGACGAGAGCAACUCGAACCUGGUGCAGCACAUCAAGAGCGAGGUGAUCGAUGCCAAGCACCUGGCUGCUGCACAGCAGCAUGCGAUCUCCCACGCCCAGCAGCAGCAUGCCCAUCAUCAGGCCCAGCAACAGCAGCAGCAGCAGCAACACCUCCAUGCCCAGCAGCUGAUGGCCCAGAGCCAGGCUCAGCAGCAGCAGCAGCAGCAACAACAACAGCAGCAGCAGCAUCAGCAACAGCAACAGCAGCAGCAUCACCAGCAACAGCAGCAGGCGGCGGCAGCGGCCGCGGCAGCUGUGCACGCCCAGCAUGGUGGGCAUGUGUCGCACGCGGAAAUCAGUGGGGCAACUGUCAUGGAGAUUGAUCCGAGCCAAAUCAAGCACGAGCCUGGUAUGAUAAUAACGCCGGAGAUUGUCAAUAUGAUGUCCUCAGGGCAUAUGGAUAUGUACAAUUCGGACACGAGCGAGGAUUCGAUGAUGAUCGCCAAUGGCUCGCCGCACGAUCAGAAGGAGCCGCACUACACGAACUUGGAUCAGCAGCAUGGAGGCGGGCUGGGUGGCAGCGUUUGCGGCCCCGGUGGUGCUGGUGGUGGUGGGGGCAUGGGUGGUGGGGCUGGCUCUGGCUCUGGCGAGAAAGGUCAGUUUAAUGGUCCCAAAGCUUGGACACAAGAUGAUAUGAAUUCAGCUUUAGAUGCAUUAAAGAACCAAAACAUGAGCCUGACGAAAGCAUCUGCCAUUUAUGGCAUCCCAUCGACCACCCUCUGGCAGCGUGCUCAUCGUCUGGGCAUCGAAACGCCCAAGAAGGAGGGCGGCACCAAGUCGUGGAACGAGGAUGCCCUGCAGAACGCCUUGGAGGCGUUGCGCUCGGGCCAGAUAUCCGCCAAUAAGGCAUCGAAAGCCUUUGGCAUACCCUCAUCGACGCUCUACAAGAUAGCGCGUCGUGAGGGCAUCCGCCUGGCGGCGCCGUUCAAUGCCGCACCAACCACAUGGACGCCCGAGGACUUGGAGCGUGCAUUGGAGGCGAUCCGGGCGGGUAAUACCUCUGUACAGAAAGCCAGCGCUGAGUUUGGCAUACCCACAGGAACACUUUACGGACGCUGCAAGCGGGAGGGCAUUGAGCUGUCGCGUUCGAAUCCCACUCCAUGGUCCGAGGAUGCCAUGAACGAGGCCCUCAACUCAGUGCGGGUUGGCCAAAUGUCCAUCAACCAGGCGGCCAUCCACUACAACCUGCCCUACAGCUCGCUCUACGGCCGCUUCAAGCGGGGCAAGUACGAUGUGGUGGCCAACACUAGCGGCGUGUCGCUGAUGAACACCUCGGGCAACACCACGGGCAGCAUUGAGAUUAUCGAGCACAGUCAGGAGAACUCGUUGCAUAUGUUGCAGCAACAGUUCCCGUACAGUCCAUCGCCGCAUCCGCCAACGCCCCAGCAUCAUAGCACACCGCAGCAUCACAGCUCGUCCCAGGGGCCGCCAACGCCGCAGCAUAUGCAACAGCAUGUGGUGCACAUGCAGCAACAGCAAUCGCCCCACCAGGGCCACCAUCCGCAGCACAUGCAGCAGGACGUGGUGACGUCAAGCAGCCAGGUGGUGCAUAGCCAACAACAGCAACAGCAACAGCAACAGCAGCAGCUUCAGCAGAUCUAUCAGCACCAUGGCACGCCCGAGCGUAGUUGAGAAUCACUGCAUGCUGCGGCAAUAAUGGGCAGCACCGGUGGAUUAGGAGGGGGAACAGGUGGAGGUGGUGGUGGCUCUAGCACCAGCACCACUACGGCCAGCACUACGCCCUUUGCCAGCAUAUCAGCGUUGGUCAGCGGACCGGCUGUCGCACCUCCAGCCACAGCCACAGCAGCAGCCACUGGCACCAGCAAGCGCAAGAAAUCGUCCAAACAAAAGCGUUGAAAGCAGGAUCUGCCGCGGGAUCAGGGGUACGUUCAGGAGCAAGAGCAGGAGCAGCUACAUGAUGAUGAUGAGGAGGAGAUGAAAACGAUUGCCGGCGUGGCCAAGUCCGAGGACAUCAAGUUUAGAUUUAAUUACAAGCACUGGAAGCGCAAGCUGAUGCAGUUCCAUUUGCUAAUGUCCAGCAAACAGUAGGAGCAGACGGAAUAGGUCGGAUAGAACAGGCAGAUAGGGUCGAGUCCCCUCCCCCAACCCAUUACGAACUUCCCAAGAGUAAUCCAAUUCAAUCCAAUCCAAUCACAAUUACAAUUAACUAGAUUUGGACAUUAAUUACACAAUUGAGAUGUGUAUAAACUGUAAAUAUAACGAGAAAUAUGCUUUAUCUACAUUAUACGGAACAUAGUUAAAUAGAUGUAGGUUCUCAAAGUCCUUUGUUCUAGCCGAGUAAGCAGACCGUAGAGAGAAAGAAAGAUAUAUACAUAUACAUAUACAUAUAUA